UAGUGACAGUGCGUGUGUGUACGCCCAGUUCAUUUAGCUCUGUUAAAAGGAUUAAUAGUUCGCUAAAGUGAUAAUAAACAUGCCUGUUGAUGGUUUAGACAGUGCUUUGGCCCGUCUGUCAUUCACAGUCUGCAUUGAAUGAACUGAGGAAUGAAGAGCAGAAAACAGAAGCCUGUUAAAGUUGGAAGCAACAAAAGAAAAGCCCCCAGUGAUGUGCCCCCCUCUACCAGCCUCCCUCCUCUGGUUGAGGGCCAGCUGAGAUGCUUCCUGUGUGUGACAAUAAGCCGAGUGUUGUGGACAGUCCACAAGCCUCCUUCCCCAAUAUUUGUCAGAUUGCGCUGGUGGGGAGAGUCAUCCAACGGGACUCACUUCUUUCCAAGAGAUGGAUCACAACUCUCGCAAAAAAGUAUCAAGACCACAGCUCGUUUCGCCAUCCGCUGUGGCCCAAAGCAGUUCACUUCAUAUCUAACAGAUAUGGGCUCUUUGGUGCUGGAAGUUUUGACAAAACCAGAUCAUUUACCAAUAGCUCGGGCUCAAGUUGCUGGCAUCUCCCGUCUGUCUCUUUCACAACCAAUCAGUGGAUUUUACACUCUUGUGUCUCCAACAUCUGAAAAGCUUGGAGAGUUGCAGGUUUCCCUAAAUUUGGAGCCUCUGACAGAAGCCUAUGACAGCGUCAGCUCAGGUCCCGCUACAGAUGUGAGUGUUGAGGGUCUGCAGGUCCCCACACUGACUGUUCCCACACAGCACAGACCCUGUUCAGCUGGAAGUGGAAAUGAAUCAGCUGGGAGCAGUGGUGGAAACACACCAAGAGGGAAGGACCAUUUGUAUUUCCAAAAUGGCCAGAGGACAAGAGACAAAUCCCACAACACUCAAACUGAUAUUAAACCUUCUACUCAGGAGUCUUGUCAGGGAAAAACAAGCAGUGAUAUAAUCUCAGUCAUUUUAGAGCGAGGAAACAAGCUGAGGAAUGCAAUGGUGGUAUCAGCUUUGAAAUGUGACAUGGACUCUGCUCCAGUUCUCAGAGAUACUCCUCUUCCUCUCCCAAGGGACAACAUUCAAAGACCUGCCAAGUCAUAUCCUCCUGUUUCUGGUGCUUUUCUUCAAGAUAUCCUUCAUGCUGAUUCUGUUCUGAAGCGUUCUGAUGAUGUUGCUUUAGUCUCAGAUUGUGACUUUGACUGUCCUGCUGACAUGGACAGGAGAGCUGUGGAUCUGCUUCUUGGCAGCUCUAUCACAUCUUCGUUGCCCCUGUUGGACAUACAAGGCUUCUCCCCUGAAUCUUUAUCUGGCCACAGCAGUGUGUGUGGAGAUAGUGAGCUCACUGACCCACUGUAUGACCAGAGCUUACUGGAAAAUUUGUUCUACAAAACUCCUACCAUAGAUUCACAACCAGGCAACAAGAGUGAGGAACGACGAGGAGCAACACCACCAAGUCAAGAUCAGCCAAACCAUGAGACACAGUCUAGACACAAGAUUAGUAACAGUUCUGUUUCAGGUCAGCAGCCAUCUGCAGAGGGUGCUGGUAGUAAUUAUCCUCCCCUUAGUGAGGAGCAGCUGGCUCAGCUGAGUUCGGUUCGACAGGCCAGAGUGACCAUCAGCUCGCUGACUGUGCCUGCAGGCAGCUCAACUGCUUCACCCAGAAAAACCUUUUAUAAGAGGAAACCUCCUCGACCAUUAACCAGCAAAAAGUGCACAUAUUUUGUUGAGUACAUGUUUCCGAUGAGUUCUGCCUCCAAUCAGCAUAAUCGCAGCAAAGCUGGAGAUGGAGAGGUGACCAGAGCAGUUUCUAGUAAAGUCUCAGGAGGCGUGGUGAAGUUCCACCACCUCUCUGUGUUUCCUGUCCACUUCAAUAGAGCCACUGUUAAAAAGUGGUGGGACACUGAUCUGAUUUUCAAGAUUUAUUUACGGAAAAGUGACCAGAAGAAGCCUCUUGCCAUUGGUAAGGCUGUUUAUCAGCUGUGCUGUCUGCUGCAAAAUGACCAGCUGAGUCAGUCUGUCAUCUUGCCUGUGCAGAAGUUGGAGGGGAACAACAAUACACAGGAGAUUGGACCUCUCAAGAUUUCACUAGAACUUGAAUCACACAGCAAAGGUUUCUUUGAAAAUAAUAAAAAAUUGUCUUGGAGGGACACAUCACCAUCAAAAACUCCCCCCAGUCCAGAGAAGAAAACCCUCACAAUACCUCAACAUGUUGACCCCGGCAGCAGGGAGUUAUCAGCUCACUCUGUAGAGGACUCCAGGCUACAUGUUCGGACUCCUCAGAAACCUUCAAAAGAACCUUUUUCUCAUCCUGGUAGAACAUCGCCUCUUAAAUCAUGGCAGCAGGUGGAGGAGGAGCCUGAGGUCCUGCUGCAUGCCUUACUCAUGGUGCCAGAUGGGAAGAACUUCAGCUGUGGUCCCCUGCAGGCUCCAAAUGUGUACUUGAACUGCAAACUGUUUUGGUGUGAUGAGACGGCAAGAUCUGUAGUGAGCUGGGGUCAGACGAACCCAACAUUCAACUUUGUUCAGGUAACACCUGUGGCUUUAACAACUAAACUUCUGGAACGAAUGAAAAACAAUGUGAUGGUAAUCGAAGUGUGGCAGAAAACUGGAAGCUCUGGGCAGGAUCGACUCCUCGGUCUUGUUAAAUUACCUCUACAUCAGUUCUACAUGUCAUAUAGGGAUCCUAAAAUCACACAGCUCCUCCUGCAGGCACAGUACCCUGUUUUAGGGGUGGACUGCUACAUGCCCGUCAUUGAUGUCUUCUCAGGUAGCUGUAAGGGAAACCUCAGGGCUGUUUUGGCUAUGGGCCGAUCAGAACAAAUAGUGUCCCUCCAGCGCACUAGGGAUGAAGAGUAUGGCUCUUUGUCUCAUUUUGUGAGACCAGUUCAUUUGCUUGAUCAUCUGCCUCAUUCUCAAACAAAGGUGAAAACAUCUCAAGUGGAAAUGAUGAGAGAGCAUGUGUUCAUGGUGAGAGUGGAGAAAGUCAGUGGACUGACUCCUCUGCAGUCCACAGUGUGGGGUGAGGCUGACUGCUACGUCCAGUACAGUUUCCCUUGUCAGGAGGGGGACAUUGCUGCAAAGGUGGACCAAAGCCUCAUUGAAAGCAGUGUGAACCUGAAGCCAUUUCGCAGCACCACCACCCUUUGUGUUCCUGACCCGGUGUUCAGUCACACAGAGACUCAUGUCCUUCUGGCUCCUGAAGGAGUUCCUGUCCAGAGACUGCUGCUCAGCUCUCUGUCCAGUCAAGGCCUGACCAGUGGAGGAGGUGUCCAGUUUGAAGUAUGGUGCAGAUAUUAUUAUCCCAAUGUCAGAGAUCAGCUUGUGGCCCGCGGAAUGCUCCCUCUGUCCAAACUUUGUGCCAUGGUCACUAUGCAGAGACAACAUCCCAACGAUGCUCAGAUGUUCUCCUUGCCCCUGAUUCCCAGGACAGACGAUCCCACAGGAUUUCACGCUCAGCCUUCUGGAUUGCUAGAUGUUUGCAUUAAGUACAAACACAGGCCGGUGAGACCUGAAGGACAGUCUGGGAGAGGAGCUGCUUCCCGGAUUGUGACCCUCGUGGUUCAAGUGCACAGAGCAUCUGGGCUGAAGGCAGCAGCGAGGGUCAUGUCGGAACAAGACGACAGGUUCAGCUACUUUGUCGGAGUGGGGGUGAACCCUUUUGUCACAGUCCAGCUCUCCUUCUUGCCUGAGAGUGAGAGGAGAUGUACCCGCACAGCAGCCAGAACCUUCUGCCCUGAAUUUGACCACCACAUGGAAGUAUCCUGUGAUCUGCUCCUUCACAUGAGUAGUGGAGAAACCUGCAGCCUGGCCGAGCAGCUGGAACAGGCAUCUGCUGUCUUUAAUGUCUGGAACAGAGACGAUCACAAAGCAAAUAUUUCUAAACCUAAAGAGGUGAUGUUGGGCACAGUUAAAAUACCACUGGCUGAUCUCAUCCAUAAAAGAACAGGUAUUUCUGGCUGGUUUGGCUUGCAUUUAACUCUUGAAAGAAGUCCUUCUCAGUACCAGCACAUCUUGGUCGGUGGCCUUGAGAUUUCCAUCAGCUUUGCUCACCACUCAGAUAGGGAAAGGAUCAUUAAAGCGGCUCAGGGUUUGGGCUGGGACAUGCCUUACAACACUGUGACACUACAGGAUGGUGAAGAAUCCUGGGAUGAAGGCAUAAGAAAACUCUCUCUAACUUUCUCAAUGCCUAAAGCUUGGAUACCUGUCCACUGUUUGCUUCUUCCUGGUUUCUCUGAGCUCCAGCGCUCUACCUACUGCUACUUCAGAUACAAGUUCUAUGACCAGGAUGCCUUCUGCUCUCAACUGAAACACCCCUGUGUUGAGGAGGGUGGUGAGGAUGGCCAGGCCACAGUGAGUUUUGAAGGAAGUAGAACUGUGGAGCUGAGGAUCACUCAGCCUUUAAUGUGGUAUCUGCGAGAGGAGAAGUUGGAGGUUCAGAUGUGGGUCACUUUCACCAAGAACAAAACCACAAGGCCGAGUGACUCAGACCGACUGGUGGGCUCAGCAUUUGUCGAUCUGUCUACUCUUGCAAAGAUGUCCAAGCAGAAGCUGACUCUUAGUGGAGUGUACCCGCUAUUCAUGCGCUCAGCAGCAGAUCUACAAGGUGCAGCUCUCAGGGUGCACAUCACCCUGACAGAAGGUUCUGUUCCCACAGGGAUGUCCACUGGACAUGACAUCCCAGUGGACUCUGACAGUCAGGAGGAGGACUUCAUAGAAGAGGUAGAAGCAGCAGAUCAAGUUUCCUCCCCCAGUACACCCAGAAAAUCAUUCUCACCAAGCAGACAAAAGAAAAAAUCCUCCAGAGUGACUCCAGACAUCGCAUCUGUGCAGCAUGCCGAGAUGAGCUUAGAUGACUCUUUUCCUGUGACUGUGGCAGUGGACCAGGCCAUGCACCUCAAUCUGAAAGGCUGUCCUCUAGCAGAGCGCAGUGAAGGGAUGCCAUGCUGUUGUGUUUCCUACGUCACUGCUGACUCUGCUGAACCAGUUACCACGGCUGUUGUAUCCAACACUGACUGCCCUGUGUGGGACCACCAGCACGAAUGCAGGCUUUCAAAGGAGCUGCUGGUUGAUCCACAACAAUCUCUUGUGUUCAAAGUCUGGCACAAAGGAGAAUUGGAGAGAGUAAUUGGAUUUGCCUCCGUGGACCUGUCUCCUUUACUCUGUGGUUUCCCGUCAGUGUGUGGUUGGUACAACAUCACAGACUUCAGUGGUCAGUGUCACGGCCAGAUUAAAGUGUCCAUCACUCCUCUGAGGGGAGUCCAAGACCUACGUGGGCUGAGAAGAAAUGCAACUGAAGAAGCUGCCAAAAACUCAUCAGUUUUGUUCCAGACUGUUCCUCUCAACUAUCAAACCACUGCCAUGUACAGCAGCUUUCCCUCCCACAUCAGCAGAUACCCGGAGCAGCAGAUCUCAUCACCUAUCCACACAGACACGCUGUUCUCUGAAAGGCCUAGUGAGAGUGAUCGCCAUUUUGAGCACAUGGACAAAGUACGGCUUUACCAUCAGAGUUUACAGGGACAUGCAUCUCCCUCAGUAAAUGAAAUCAGUCCCUCCAGUUCAUCAGUCUUGUUUUCAGCACUGAGGAAAAAGCUCAGCGAGCUUGACAACAUUCAGAGGUACUUCAGUCGGAAGCUUUCUACUCCUACGUUCCCAUCUCUGGCUGAGCAGGAAUGUCUCGUCCAACAGGAGGAACAGAGGAACUCAGAAACUGACACGAGUCAGCUGCUUCUUAAAACCAACCAGUUAGUUGGAGAAGUCAACAACAUCAUCAGCGGUCUACAAGGACACCACCUGGAAACAAUUUCUUCUAACGCAGAGAACAGCUCAGAAACCUCACCUGUAGAACACAGCAGCCCUCAGAUCAUCUCUCAGAGCAUCUCCAGUCCACACAGAGUGAUUGACGAUUCCCUGGAUGUUGUAUCUCCUCUGCCAUCCCUCUCCACAGAGAGGUCUGAGGACCACACAGACUCAGAACCUGAGGAAGAAAAGUACAGUCAAAGCAGCAAAGUUAUCGUGAUUGAAGAGGAGCACGAAGACGAGACAAAUGUCAGGGAGGACAGAGAAGCUGUUGAUGAUGAAGAGAAAGAUGAGGAUUACGAGGAAGUUAUUGUAAAGCCAAGGCCUCUAAAUGAGGUGACCUCAUUAACAGACAAAACCAGUCCUUGGACCAGCAUCCUGUCAGUCCCGGACCUGGUUUCUCUGGAGAGCAUGGAAGAUCUGAGUGAGGAUGAGGAUGAGAAAAGGCAGUCAGUGAACCUGGAAACCUGCAGCUCCUGUGGGAAAUGUCAAGAAAGUGAUCACCAUCACAGCUCUAGUGGGACAGAAGUAGAUGCCUCAGACUCAGAAGGAGAUGGUGAAAGGACGAUAAGAGCUCCAGAUGAGAUGCAAAUAAACAAACCAGACAGCUUCAACAAAAGGUCAAGUGACCCAGCUUCAUCACCAACCACGCAGCCCACCACUGACACCCACAAUGGCUCAGGUACUCUGGAUAAUGAGGAUGCACAGCUUCAACUCUCCACCCCUGUGGAUGUCCCCAAUUUCUUCCUGCCCCCUCACCAACUGGAGGCAUCAUUGAGAGCCAUUCGUUUAGCUCCCUCUUUCUCUCAUACAUCCAGCAACUCGGGCCAGAGUUCUUCAGGUCAACACAACGUCCCCUCUCGCAGAGGUCCUCCACAGCGUCCCAACAUGUCACCGUCCUCCAUGAGGAAAGAGACGGAGAGAAUAGCGAAAAUAUUUGCUGCUAAAUUUGAUGAGUCUCAUUAGACACGUCUGCCAAUCAGUGGUUUUAAACCACAACAAUCAUGUAAAUAAAAAGUGAUAUUUUGUAUUCUUAUAAAUAAAUUUGAAAUUUUUCAA